AUGACGCGUUCACUCGCUGCUGCAGUGGUUCUAUUUGCGGCUGCUGUUCCAGUGCAUUCACUGCAGCUGUGGAAGACUCCUGGCGAGAUUCCCAGUACCGUUCCGCCACCUUGCCGCAUCGCUCUCAUAGGGGACAUCAAGUGCAGCCCACGGCUGAUUCGAGGCAGCGAGAUACAGGCACCUGGCGCGCUUGACCCAGCGUUUCUGACUGAGUACUGCAAGAAAGAAUGCGGCGAAUCACUUGACAGUUAUGCAAAGAAAGUCAAUGGCAGCUGCGGCUGGAAGGCUUACGAUUGGGGUGAUGGGUUUGAUCGCUCCGGCAACUCAAUCGCACAGACUCUCGUCUGGAAUCAUGAGGUUGCCUGCCUCAAAGAUCAAAAGACUGGCAAUUUUUGUGUUCCGAUUAUUGCCGGACACAAGGCCAAAAAGUGCGAUGAUUGUACACUGCGAUAUCUUUCCUCUUUUGUUGACGUGGAAAUGGCACCUGAUCUCAUAAGCGAGACGCAGUUCAAGGAUUUGCUCAAGGAGUGCUCAGCUGAUCCAUCCAGCUAUCCCAUCGCAACGAGAACUCUGGGUGAACCGAACGGACCAAAGGAGACAACCGCGCCAGCGCCGCACCAGAGGCAAUGUCUGGGCAAAAAUUACACAGUCACCGCGUCCGACACCUGCAAAUCAAUUGCUGCGAGCAACAACAUAGCAAUCGAUCGUUUUCUUUCCGAAAACAAUCUUGAUGCCAAAUGCGAGACACUCAAGACUGGCGACAAGGUGUGCAUCGGGUCUAGCUGCAAGCUCCAGGAGGUCAAAGCAAACCAAACCUGUAAUGAUAUCCUGCGCGAUCAAAAGUUCACCAUCGUGGAGCUUCAUGCCUGGAACCCAAUCCUUUACUCCGACUGUGGAAAUUUGGACUCUCUCGUCGGCCACCCCAUCUGCAUUUCCCCCCCUGGAACAGAUCACUACGACGUAAAUGGAACUGUAACCUGGACUACCGGCCCAACCCGACCACCUACUGGCACAUGGGCUCCGCUGCCCACGACAGGUCGACCAGCCGGCAACGAAUCGAUUCCAGUCGUCAUCACAGACGCUCCCACCCAGACAGCUUCCGGUAACGCAACCGCAACUUCCGAGUGGGACCAGAUCGUGACAAAUUGCCCGGUCUCCGACGAUGUUCUUGAAGCUGGCUUUGACUGGGAGAUGCUCUCAGAUGAGUGCUCGGAGAUGCUCGAGCCGUACUGCACCCAGCCUCUGCCGGGAACAACCUACCCAGCAAGCACUGCAUUUCCAAGUAGCUGUCUUCCAAGUGUUAUCUUAGGCCUCGGGAAUGGAACUGCUGCGGCGGCAACGGCGGGCAAUGCGACGUUGCCGAAGAGGCGUUUUUGA